UUUUUAAGCAAUUUGGAAGUACUCUAUUUAAAUAAUAAUCGAAUUAAAAAAUUUGAUAACUUUACUAAUUUACAAGUGCUAAAACAUUUAGAUUUGUCUUUCAAUAAAAUCAAUUCAAUUAAAGGAAUUGAGUAUCUUUCUAGACUUAAAAUUUUGAAUCUUUCCUCAAAUAUGAUCGAUAAAUUAGAUUUUAAUGUAUUUAAUCAUAUGAUAUACUUGAACAAAUUAAAAUUAAAUUACAAUCGUUUACAAAAAAUCAGUUUCAAAAACAGAUAUUACAUUAGGGAUAAAUACAUCAGAAUAAUACUACCCAAUUUGAGGGCACUAGAGGUAGAAAAUUGCAGAGUUGAAACCAUUGUAUUUGAAAACAUGAAUAUGGGCAGAGAUUUUGGGUGUUUGAGAGCUAUAAGUUUAGCUGGAAAUAAGAUAUCAAAAAUCCAGGGAAUCGAUUGUUUGGUUGGUUUAAAAGCAGCAUACUUUCAAAAUAACAAAAUAACUGAUUUGAGUCAAAUAGCGAGAUUGAAUAAUCUAGUCUGUUUGCGAUUAUCUUCUAAUUUAAUAACUUCGUCAAAUUUAAUUGAGUUAGGUAACUUGAAACACCUCGAAAAGCUUAAUUUAAUGAAUAAUAAAAUUGAUGAGAUUCCUGGUUAUUUCAAAAACUUCAAAAAAAUGACAGCUCUUUAUAUAAGCAAAAAUGAAAUUAGUAGAAUUAUAAACCUACCUCCAAAUUUGAUGUCUUUAGGUAUGACUAACGUUGGUAUGAUUAAAGAAAUUGAUUUAAAUUACUUUGAGGAACGAGACAUUGAAAUUCAAGCAAGUAUAACCAAUUUCCAGCGACUUUUUAACUACGGAUUGUACAACUAUAUCAAAACAAAUUUUUUUCCUGAAAUCUCUCUUUACCAACCAAAAUUGUGUACGUAGUGCUGGCGUAACCCAUUUAUAAGUUCUAUUUCUGUUUAUAUAUAUACUACACAAAUUAUUACUAAAAGUGUA